GAGAGAAAAAGAAAAGAAAUAUGCAAUAUAAUAAUAUUUAUAUAUUUUAAAAUAUUAUAUAAUAUUUCGUAAAUAUAAGUUGGGGGAGAUUGUGUUUCUGUGUAUGUGAGAUAAUUUGGGGGUGUUUGGUUAUUAUUCACUUGGAUGGAUCUGACUCUGAGCUUAGACUCAGAUUAAUAUCUCUUUCUCUCUCUCUCAUCCCUUCCAUUUCGCCGAUUCUUUCUCUCAUUACUCUUUUACAGUCUUACUGUAGCUCUGCCCAACCUUCUAUGGCAUCCAUUCUCUCCAAGGUUUCCAUUCUUUCUUCAACAAUACGACACUCGCCUUCUCCACACGCUAACACCUAAACUAAGACAAAAUCAAAAUGUGCUGUUUGGAUUCACGGAUAAAACACUAGCUUUCUCUCACUUUCUGGCCUCUUCGCGACAAGUGGCUCAUACCCUGCACCCUAAUUACUUCAACUCUCUUUAGGGUUUGUCACAUUUUUGAUCGACUUUAGAAGGGGAUUCGCUACUGUGAAGAUGAUCAACUGAGACACUUUUUUCUUUUCUUUUUUCUCUCUCUCUUUUUUUUACUUGAGAAAACGUUUUUGGAGGAAUUUUUUAUUUGGGUUUAAGCGGAAUUUAUAAAUUUUUUAUUUUUCGGAAGAAAGAUAAAAAGAGAAGAUGAUAUCUUCAGGAAUAAACCUGGUGAUGACGGUCAUAGGAUUCGCCGUGAGCAUCUUGUUCAUCGUCUUCGUUUGCACAAGGCUUAUCUGUGCUCGGAUUCAUCUCAAUGCUUCUAGGCGUUCCUUCCCCAUUGCUUCCAGAUCUGAUCUCAGUAUUCUGGAACGGGGUUUACAUGGCCUUGAACCUGUAGUGAUAGCUAGCUUUCCCACAAAGAAGUUCAGUGAUGCAUUUUUCUCAUCUUCAGAAGACGCUCAGUGCACUGCUUGCCUUGAGGAGUACCGUGACGAAGAUGUAUUGCGGAUCCUUCCUUACUGCGGACACUCCUUCCAUGUAACCUGCAUAGACAUAUGGCUGCAGCAGCACUCGACAUGUCCUAUUUGUCGAACAUCGCUGCGUGAGUGUCCUGAUAGAAAACGAUUGAUGCAGCCGUUGUUCAGCUCUGCUGUCCGAUCUCGGAUCGGUACAGAAUCCAUUGAUUCACAUUCUUGCCAGUACAUCUUGACUAAUAAUAAUGGAUCAAGAAGUCAAGAUAACUGUGGGAUGAAUUCAGUUGAACAAGGUCAUUUAACGACCAAGGGCAGCCCUGCAGAGACCGAGGAAAAUGUCUCCUCCAUCGGUGAGGGUGAUUUGAGCCCUAAAGGCAUGGCAAACAAGCAUGUAGAAAGCCCAUCCAAUCCAUGAAUGUGAUGAUUUUGGUUUCCAGUGGAAGUAUUUGAAAGGGACAUUGUCCAUAAAAGUUAGGAAUUUUUUUCCAUUAUAGGUGGUACACUGGAAGCUUAUUGUUGGUCUCUGUAUAUAUGGCAAAAGGGACUUUCUCAUCCUUUUUGGCGAAAUGUUUCUUCUUUUUUUCCAAUUAACGGUUGGGUUGGGCUGUUUGGCUA